GCAUUAAAAAAAAAUGGCGACAGAUAAUAAUCAAAAGAAGCUAACGAUCCCAUUCAAAACAAGAAUCACUCUUACCCUCCUCUCCACCUUCACCGACACCGCCCAACGCUCCAACGGCACCAUCAACCGCCGUCUCCUCCGCCUCCUCGACUUCCGCGCACCUCCCAACCCCAACCCCAUCAACUCCGUCUCAACCUCCGACUUCACCGUCGACCCUUCCCGCGACCUCUGGUUCCGUCUCUUCACCCCACACCUCCCCGGCGACCGCCACCACCGUCUCCCCGUCGUGAUCUUCUUCCACGGCGGCGGCUUCGUCUACCUCAGCCCCAACGCCCACCCUUACGACAGCGUCUGCCGGCGUUUCGCCAGGAAGCUAAACGCUUACGUCGUCUCCGUCAACUACCGCCUCGCCCCGGAGCACCGUCACCCGGCGCAAUACGACGACGGUUACGACGUCGUGAAGUUCCUCGACGACGGCGAGAUUCUCCCGGCGAACGCCGACCUCUCGAGGUGCUUCUUCGCCGGAGACAGCGCCGGCGGGAACAUCGCGCACAACGUCGCGAUCCGCGUCUGCCGCGAGAGUCGCCGUUUCGCCGCCGUGAGGCUCGUCGGAGUUGUGGCGAUACAGCCGUUCUUCGGCGGAGAGGAGAGGACGGAGGCGGAGGGGAGUCUCGUCGGGAUGCCUCUGGUGUCGCCGGAGAGGACGGACUGGUGCUGGAGGGCGAUGUUGCCGGAGGGAGCGAGUAGGGAUCACGAGGCGGCGAAACCGAGUGGGGUUGAUAUAACGGGUCUGGAUUAUCCGGAUACGUUGGUGGUUGUGGCCGGGUUUGACCCGUUGAAGGAUUGGCAGAGGGGUUACUGUGAGUGGUUGAAGGUAUCCGGGAAGAGGGCGACGUUAGUGGAGUAUCCAAACAUGUUUCAUGCGUUUUAUAUCUUUCCUGAGUUACCGGAGGCGGGUCAGUUGAUCCUGCGGAUUAAGGAUUUUGUUGAGGAGCGCGUGGCUUCACUCUCUGCUUAAUGAAAUCCCUAAUGAAUUAUUAUCAUUUGUUAACUCGAUUAAUAAUGUGUUAUUAAGAUAUGUUUUUUUUAAUCUGCGUUAAUGUUAUAAAGAGAUGUAUGAGAUUAGUCUAUUUUCAUUACAAUCCAGAGUUCACAAC